UUCUAAAGACCCCCAACGGCCAUAACGACACCCCCACGCCGCAUUGUGCCGCUGGUUUUUCCUUGUGCUCCCACUUUCCAGGCAGUACCAAGUCGUGGAGGCAGCUGCGUGUACGGAGGGACGUUCCAUUCCACCCCACAGAAGGGGAUAGCGACGGCGGGGUGGGAAGGAGAGUGGGCGGCCCAGGCGAGGCGGAGAAAUGCAUCAGUGAAACUGUCAGCGAUUCAGCCUCCUGCCAGCACAGAAGCAGCCGGUGCCUGCGUCCCUGAGAUGCUGGCUGAAGAAUGAUCUUCCCGAAAGCUCCAGGGAGGGAAUGUCAGAGACUGAUGUUUCUUUUCACUUAACAGAACAGCGGUGUAUUGGUAAAACCAAUGUUUCUGUAGAUAGGAGAGCCAUUUCCCCAAAGUCUAAGACUCCCCAGGCAAAGAGCUGUCCUGGUGCAUCAGUUAGAGGAAAUCACAGCUUUGUUUUACAGAAGUUCACAGUGAGAGCUGUUGCUUCCUUGAACUCAUCUUAAGAAAAGGAGACGCUGCCUGGAUAUGAGGUACUGAGGGGAGAAAGAGCAUCGUGCUUGGCUGCUCACCUUGCCCAUUUGAGUCUGAAUUAUGGAGACCAAGGAAGAGAAGAAAGAACGGCGACAAGGCUAUUUUGCUCGUUUGAAAAAGAAAAGGCAAGUCAAACAAAACACCGAGACUGUCUCUGCCAAUUCCCCUGGAUCUCCUGUUUCCAAAACACCGUCAGAGAAAGAUGAUGAAAGUAAAGUUAUUUUGGAGCAACUCAGUUCCUCUGGAGACAACUGUAAAUUUCCUGGGGAAAAGGAAACUGCUCCAGACAAGGAAAAGAAAAAGAAAAAAUACAGUCAGCUGAAAGACAUCAGACGCACAGAACUUAAAAGAUACUAUAGUACUGAUGACAAUCAAAACAAAACCAAUGAAAAGAAAGAGAAGAAAAUGGUUUCUCAGAAACCCCAUGGUACCAUAGAAUACACUGCUGGAAAUCAGGACACCAUAAACAGCAUAGCAUUAAAGUUUAACGUCACCCCAAACAAGCUUGUGGAGCUCAAUAAGCUUUUCACGCAGACCAUUGUGCCAGGCCAGAUUCUCUUUGUGCCAGAGACAAGCGCUGCCAGACUGUCGUCUUUUAGUCCUGGUGCUCCUGUUUCUCCUUCUUCAUCAGAUGCUGAAUAUGACAAACUCCCUGAUGCUGAUUUGGCAAGAAAGGCUUUCAAACCAGUUGAGAGAGUCUUGUCCUCUACUUCAGAAGAGGAUGAGCCUGUGGUUGUCAAAUUUUUAAAAAUGAAUUGUCGUUACUUCACAGAUGGUAAGGGUGUAGUUGGAGGAGUCAUGAUAGUAACUCCAAACAAUAUCAUGUUUGACCCACAUAAAUCUGAUCCUCUGGUAAUUGAGAAUGGCUGUGAAGAAUACGGGCUCAUCUGCCCCAUGGAGGAGGUUGUCUCAAUAGCUCUCUACAAUGACAUCUCUCACAUGAAGAUUAAAGAUGCAUUGCCAUCUGACAUACCAAAGGAUCUUUGUCCUCUGUACAGGCCAGGAGAAUGGGAAGACCUAUCCUCUGAGAAAGAUAUCAAUCCUUUCAGCAAAUUCAAAUCCCUUAGCAAGGAGAAGAGGCAACAGAAUGGGGAUCCAUCCGUUGCUCUGGGCUCCAAACAGAUAAAGCCUUCAGAUAAGGAAAAGUCUGCUGAUUUUGAAGUUCUUCAGUCAUCUGAGAGUACAGGCUCAAUCAAAUCAAAUUCUGUGGAGUUUCCCAACAACAUCACUGCCACUGAACAUUUGGAAAAGUUUACUGUGGAUCCAUGUGCCAAGGACCCUUCUGGGGAAAAAAAUGCUUCAGAUAUCAAAACCAAAGAAAAAUCGCGUUUAGGAGAAGGAGAGGAUGACUUCAUUGAGCUGGAAAAGACAUCAUCUCAUAUGGAUAGAGGGUUGGACAGGAAAAUCUCAGUAAUGGAAGGCUUGCUGGCAGACCCCCGGGACUUGGGGAGAACUAAGCAGCAGGUAACCAAACCUACUACAGAAGUCCAGGAGCACUUGACAGUUGAUUCCUUGGAAAAAAAGGACAGUGUUGAACCUAAAGCUGACUUAGACUUAGAGCUGUGCGAAAAGCAAGAUGUUAUUCCAGAAGUAAACAAAUGUGUCAGUUCCCCAACAGGUAAGGUGGAGAAUGCAUUGGACACUAAGAAAGAGCUAGAGAAAGAUAAACUUAUUGAAUUUUACCUCAAUAAAGAUGGGAAUGGGUCUCAGUCAUCUGAAGACUUACACAAGGCUGAAAUCCAGAAAGGUGAAAACAAUAAAGCAAUUGGCAUAGACCUUACACUUAGCUGUUCAAAGUCCCAAGCUAAUGAAGUCCAUACAGUUAAAAGUAUGGAGCUUGAUUCCUGCUGUGUUGAAAGGAAAGCACCUUCAUUAGAAAUCAGCUCAGCAGCAGCAGAGGAAAAGAACCCGAAAGAGUCUGUGGACUCUUCCUUAGUACCAGCUAUAGACAAGACCUGUCAAGAAACACAGUUAGACAAUCAAUCAGAAAUCAGACUGUGGCUGCUGCAGAAAAUUCAAGUGCCAAUUGAAGAUAUGCUUCCUUCAAAAGAGGAGAAGAGCAAGACUCCUCCAAUGUUUCUGUGCAUUAAAGUAGGCAAGCCCAUGAGAAAGUCCUUUGUGUCUCAGAACACCACCGUGUCUCAGCAGUACAGUAAGAAGAUAAAGCAACCAGAGUACUGGUUUGCUGUUCCUCGGGAAAGGGUGGAUCACUUAUACACAUUUUUUGUUCAGUGGUCACCAGAAAUAUAUGGGAAAGAUGCCAAAGAACAGGGUUUUGUCGUGGUAGAAAAGGAGGAACUUGACAUGAUAGACAACUUCUUCAGUGAGCCCACUUCUAAAAGCUGGGAGAUCAUUACUGUAGAAGAAGCCAAACGACGAAAGAGUGUUUGCAGUUACUAUGAAGAAGAGGAUGAUGAUACUUUGCCUAUCUUAAAGCAUCACAGUGCUCUCCUGGAGAACAUGCACAUAGAGCAGCUUGCCCGGCGCUUGCCCGCACGAGUGCAGGGAUAUCCAUGGCGCCUCGCGUACAGCACACUGGAGCAUGGGACUAGCUUGAAGACUCUGUACCGUAAAUCAGCAUCUCUUGACAGUCCUGUUCUCCUUGUCAUCAAAGAUAUGGACAACCAGAUAUUUGGAGCAUACGCUACACAUCCCUUCAAGUUUAGUGACCACUACUAUGGCACUGGUGAAACAUUCCUCUACACAUUCAGUCCACAUUUCAAGGUAUUCAAAUGGAGUGGAGAGAAUACCUACUUCAUCAAUGGAGAUACUACCUCCCUGGAGCUUGGAGGUGGCGGUGGCCGGUUUGGCUUAUGGUUAGAUGCAGAUUUGUAUCAUGGGCGAAGCAAUUCCUGCAGCACCUUCAAUAAUGACAUCUUAACUAAGAAAGAAGAUUUCAUAAUACAGGACGUAGAAGUAUGGACAUUUGAGUGAAAUACUGACUGCCUUAAGGACUGGAUCCAUUAGGCACUUAAAAGCUAACUAGAAGGUGCAGGCUGCCUCACAAUGUUACACGCUUUUUCCUCAAGUUUGUACCAGAGCAUGACUACGCAAAAAAACCCAACCAAACAACCCAAGAAUAAAAGAAUUGGUUUUGAGAGGCAGCAAGAGACAGAACAGUAAGAGAUCACUCUGAAGUGUUUUUUACUGCCUCUUCCAACACGCCUCCCUUGAAGAUAUGAUGCUUAUGAAAACAUUCAUGGUGUAUAAGUUGAAAACUUUUUAUGUAACUGUGAAAAAAAACCUUUGGGAAAACUGUAACUAUCUACAUUCCAUGUGUAUUUAUGUUCAACAUACAAAUGCUGACCAAAAAUAAAAGGUUACUCUACCAAAAUCUACAGCAUACUGUUUACCAUGGAAAAGAGUCAGAAACAGGUGUACACAGCACUUAAGGGAACAUGUUUUUAAAAUAAUUUUAUUUAUUGUUACUGUAUAGCAGAUUUUUUUGUGAAUAUAUUAGUUAUGAUUUUUCUUUCAAUGUUUCAAAUCUCAUUUUGAUAAAUAGUUGCUCUUGAGGUAGGUUUCUUAUGCAUUGACAUUUAUUUUGAAUCAAUUUAUUUGAUUUUUGAAGUUAAUUUUUAUAUUUUUAUUUUGUAAAUGAGAUUUUGUUUUCAUUAUACCCUAAUUAGAGGGUUUGUUUUUCUGGCAGAAACACUUGAGUGCAUAAUUCUGUUUCAUUUUCUUUUCCUGAAAUGAGGGAGAAGGUGCAUAGUGCUUCUUAUUAACUCUGCUGUCACAUUCCUGUUAAUAGAUUAUUAUUUUGGCAGUAUGGAGACACUGGGCAAAGUGCCACGUGGUGUAGACUGUAUCAGCUCUGUUGCAAUCCACAGAAUUGGGACGGCAUGCUCUGAGCAUCUGCCCUAGUAUUAUUUGACUGUUUACAAAAGACAUUUUUAAGAGAGAAUUGUUUUUCUGUGUAACCACCAAAUGAUUCAAAAUAAGCCUCUCACUGUGCUUUUAUGAGCAUUUCUCUAUAAAUUUAAGGAUUUGUUAAGGAGAAGAUACAAUGGAGAUUUAGAGAAGAAUGUUCUUUUCCUUGCAGCCAGGUCACGUUAGUGUAAAACUUGUUUUCUUAGUAAUUACAUACAAUAUUUCUUUUCCCCAAAAAAAGGCCCUUGAAGCAACAGGGUGGUUUAGGAUUUGACAGGCAACUAAAUAGUCUUGCUUGUUUUUAAUGAGAUGAAAUUAUACUCCCUGCCCGCCAAAGCUGAAAAGACUAUAGUACAAAAUGAAAAUUUUGGUAAAAAGGGAGAGUGUGAGAGAAGACUGGCAAUCUUCACUGUUUGCUAAGGAAUUCUGCUUUGCCAUUAAGCUGUGGUUUUGUUUACACAGUUCAGGCCUAACCAACAUUAGGAUGCUGUCCUGCCCUUAGAUUUGAAUGCAUCAUUGUCCUGAGAAAGGCAGGUUUUAGAAACAGUAGUGUGCAUUAAAACAGUACAAUCUAAUUUUGGAAUAUUAAUAACUGGGUAAUACAACUCAAUUUAGUAACUGCUCUUUCCUUUUUGAAUAGAUUAAAUAAAAAAAAAAAAGCCAAGUGUUUUUUUUUUUGAAAAGCAUUUCUAAAUCUUAAUCCUGCACAGAAAUUUCACUGUCUAAAAAACCAGUGCUAUAUAUGGUAAGCCUGUAUCACACUGCACGUGAACUUUUCACACUCCCUUUCUAUAUGGCUGGUCUACUACAGCCAUAAAUAAAGUUCUUAUUGGUAAUGCUUUAAAAGAUUUUGGAAGUUGCUAACAGCAUAAUGCUUUGAAGAUACCCAGAAUAUCUAACACUGUUUGCUCUUUUAAAUGGUGGCAGACUACUUAAUAGUUAAAAAAACGCAAAAAAUCAACAGAAAACCCCCACAACAACCAAAACUAGACCAACUAAGUUCAACAUUUUACAUACAUUUCACUAUUGCAACCUACGAUUACUCCAUUAUAUUAUCUUGUCAGAGCAUAUCUAAACGCUGUGGUCUUAUUCAAAACAGUGUUGUUCAAUCAAAAUUCUGUGACCCUUGAACUAUGAAUAUUGAAUAUAUGUAAUGCAGUGCUAUCACAAUAUUUUCAAUAAAGGAAUUUAUGCAUUCAGAAA